ACGCAGCCAUUCUUACCGUUGUCUCAUUACGAGCAGCCAUCUUGCCUUUUUGACAUCUCGCGUGGUUCUGUGUGAUUUGGACAACUUCAAGUUACGCCCCCUCAACAAGUUACGCCCCCCUCUUGCAGUCCGCACUGGCGUAGGACAGGGGGCGGGAUUUCAACUUUCAAACACGGCUGGCAAACGCACUCGCCUUCUGCAGUCUUUCGGAGUCUUUAUAAUAAUGUGUGUUUGUGCCUAGUGUUUAUGGUAGUACUCCAGGAGCCGUGUCAAGCUAUAUUUAGUGUUUCACCACACGGAUAUGCGGUGCUUUAAUCCCGACAGAGCUCACUCUCUCUAUCGCUGACUCUGACCUAAAGAUUGCUUUGCGAAUUCAGGUGGUUGGAUUUGUCUGUUAAAAUACUUAGGACCUGUCUAUCCUCAUGUUUAACGUCUGGCUUUGUUAAUCGGAUGGUCCUAUUGCACUAGUUUUGAUUCAGCGGAAUUCUGGAAAAGUAGCUGUUACAUGUCUUGAAAAUGAUGGUUGCUAACAAGUGGCUAAAAAUCGGACUACAGAGGCUGUCGGCGUCAUUAAACAUCAUCACGCCGAACAGGCUUCAAAAUUCAUAAAAAUGAAGUUCAUUUGUGAAAAUCAUCUUCAAGGGCAAAACGUUGGAAUGGUAUCGGCAGACUCGUUGUCCACUAGGAAGUGAGCAAGAACGCCCACUGUCACCAUCAGUCAUUGGAGCUGUGGACUCUUCCACAUUGUAGCUUAUAUCACAGACAAAGGACGUGUAACUGAAGUGAGAGAUGAUGGAUGCUCUAGAUUCUUUGCAAGGCUCAUCUCUGGAAUCCAAAGCUGAACGUAUCGCCCGCUACAAGGCCGAGAGAAGGCGGGAGCUGUCUGAACGGUAUGCCAACUUGGAGGAACGUUCAUCCAUAUACACACGGAAGGAAAGACAUCGGGAAACCACAGACACCUCAGAUACAGUGCCCAGCUCUGAGCAGAAGAAGAAAGAUGUUUCCUCUGGACUGAGUCAGUACAAUAAAGAUAACGCUGCUCUGAGCGAGCAAGAAGACAGGAGCAAUUUUGAGGGAAAGGCCAAAACAGAUGCCAUACCAUCCUCUAACAUCUUCGUUAGUCACAGCAACAAAGUAACAAAGUCACACCAGUGUCACAGUCCACUGGAAGCAGAGGAAGCCCAGAAGCAACAGGAUGAUGGGAAAGCAGAUGAUGACGCCAAAACCGGUAUGCCUGCCAAAACGUUUCUUUUGAAAGGGCCGGAGAAGACGGACAUCUCGACCACCCAAAAGAACCAAGCAGAUGACACUACCUACAAUGUAGAGCAUAUUAGUGAGAGGAGGACAGUUUCCACAAGCCAUUCCUCAUCAGGUGAGGGUGAGAAAAGUUCUGGAGAAAGAAUAAAUCUCAGACAGGAUGAGAUGAUCUCCCACUUCCAGCCUUUUACAGCAGAAGAACAGGAUGCAGGAAACAAGGAAAAAGAGAAAGUGAGAGAAGAAAUGGCUAAACAGAAUGAGCAGAAAGCGAGAGAGAGGCAGUGUUCUGUGGGCACAGAAGAGCUGAUCGUUUCUUCUAGAGCUCUGGAGGUGGACGAAGAGCCAAAAACUGCCAUGACAGUCCUGCAGAGACAGGACUCAGGUCAGCGCAGUAUCAAAGGCAUCCUGAAGAAGAGCCACUCGACCAGUCUGGAGACAGAACCUGCCGAGCUGGAGCAGAUCACAACUCCUGCCAUCAAAAUCUGCAAGGAGCUGACUAUUCUUGAUGGAAAGAAGGCAGAGGACAAAGAGGUUGAGGAUGACCAGGAGGAAGAGGAGGAUGAAGAAGAGAUGAGGCAGCAGAGAGAGGAAAGCAGCUCCAGUGAGACUUCUCGCACUCCUUCCCCAGAUUCUGUGGACAAAAACCCGUCCAUCUCCCAAUCUGAAGAAGGGGAGGAGCUAGAUAGCAGCCUGGAUGGAAGCAGCCUGGACUCCUCCCUCAAAGAGAGGCUGGCAGAGUUUAAGGGUGGUGAAGACGACUGGCAGGGCAAGCUAAAAAAGAUUAAGCACACCGAUGUGUUCCAGACUUCCCUGGCUGACCGUUACUCCCAGCUGCAGGAAAGUGAGAAUGCCUGGAAGAAGAAGAAAUCUUCUGCAGACGUAGAACCAAAGAUGUCUUUGGCUGAGCGGAUGAAGAUCUUGCAGGAGAGGGAGGAACAAUGGAAAGCUAAAGGAAAAGGAGCUUUUAAUGACUCGACCCAGUACUCUGUUGCUGGACGAAUGGCUAAGAGAGGCUUAGUAUCACCCAACAGAGAGGAUGUUCCCAUCAUCCUCAGCAAGAAGGCCAGCAAAAGUACACCAGUCAAACCAUUAGAAGAAAUCUCCACACGUCCUGAUGCUGAGGGAGAUAAAAGACUGGACAAACUGGAGUCCUUCUUAGACAGACUUCACAAUAAAGCAGGUGUUGCGGGCAUGAAGAACUCCACCAUUGAGGUGAUGGAGGAGAAAGAGAAGGAGGUGAUGACCUUGGAUGAUGAAGAGACAUUUGGGCGCUUCUACAGUUGCUUAUCACCCACCACUCUGAGCUCCAUUGUACUGCUAGGCGAGGAAGAAGACUUCAACAUCAUCCUGUCAGACACGCCCAAACUAACAUCAGCAGUUGAGGAACAUAAGCGUUCAGUGCGGCCCUGCAGGAGAACCAAGAGCUCGAGAAACCCUCUCCGUGCCCUGGCGGCACGAGACGACCUCAGACAGGCUUAUACUGAACAGAGACUGAACGUGGCCUCCGUGGAGACCAAAAGGAUACAAAUGGAGCGGAUGGCCAAGCACUCAAAUUUGGCCGAUGCAGCUCUGGCAGGUCUGGCCAGCAAAGAGAACUUCAAGAAAGUCAGUCUGCGGAGUGUGAAGUCUACAGAAGUGGUGACCAACAACAGUGCUGUGCCUUUCCACAAGCUCAUGCUCAUCCACAUUAAAGGCCGCAGACAUGUUCAGGUUCGCCUGGUUGAACCCACAGCCUGCUCUCUGAACAGUGGAGACUGCUAUCUGCUCAUCACUUCCAAACACUGCUUUUUCUGGAGUGGAGAAUUUGCCAAUGUCAUCGAAAAAGCUAAGAGCUCAGAGAUGGCUCAGUACAUCCAGACAAAGAGAGAUCUGGGCUGCAAAGCUCCUCAGGUCACUGUGCUGGAGGAGGGAAUCAACACAGAGAACCGUUCGGCCAAAGAGUUCUGGAGUCUGCUGGGAGGAAAGACUGAGUACAGAGGUGCAGGGGAGCCGGAGGAAGAUGAACUGUAUGAGAGUGCUAUAGUGGAGUCAAACUGUGUCUACAGGCUGGUGGAGGAUAAGCUGGUUCCUUAUGAGGAGGCCUGGGCAUCCAUUCCCAGUGUCUCUCUGCUCAACUCUAAGGAGGCACUGGUGUUUGACUUCGGUAGCGAGGUGUACGUCUGGACAGGAAAGGAUGUUCCUUUGAGUGACAGGAAGGUGGCAGUGCAGCUGGGCAAACAAAUCUGGAGUGGCGCAUAUGACUACAGCACUUGCAGGGUCAACCCCCUCAACUCCUCCUCAGCCAAUAAAGACACCCCUAAACAAGGUGAGGGCAGACCAAGCUGGGCCCUGUUUGGCCGGCUGUCAGAACACAAUGAAACUGCUCUGUUCCGAGAGAAGUUUCUAGAUUGGGCAGAGAGGAAACCCCCCAAAGAUGAACCGGUGGUAGAGGAGGUGAAGAGUCCAGUCUAUCAGCACCUUCCCACCUGUGACUCUGACCUGAAGCCGUGUGAUGUCAAAGAGAUGCUGGCGGGAGCAGCAGGCCCUGUGAAGAUGGUGCUGGAGGGUGUGGACGUGCAGAGAGGUCACGGAUUGGUCCAUUCUGAGGAUGGGCGGCAGGCUGAGCUGGCCACCGUUGCUGUGGACUCAUGGCACAUCCGUGAGUUCGAUGACUUUGAGAUCCCGCCAGAGAGUGUGGGUCAGCUGCACGAGGGCGACACCUACGUCAUCCGCUGGAAAUACUCAGUCACUAAUGUUGUGGGUAAGAGACAGAAGCCUGGUGAAGUGAGUACAGCUGGCCCAGGCAGGGAACGCACAGCAUGCUUCUUCUGGCAGGGACGUCACUCCAGUGUCAGUGGGCGCGGCACAUCUGCCCUCAUGACCGUAGAGCUGGGCAACCACAGGGGGGCGCAAGUGCUGGUCACACAGGGCAAAGAGCCGCCCUGCUUCCUCCAACUCUUCCAAGGAGGGCUAAUCAUCCACCGAGGCUCCAGGGAGGAUAGCUUUAACAACACAGGAGACUGGCAUUUGUUCUGUGUGCGUGGAGAGGCAGAAAUGGAGGGCUCGCUGGUUGAAGUGGAGUGCUGUUGUGCCAGCCUGCGCUCUCGUGCUAGUUUGCUGCUGCUGGGGGUACAGAAGGGACAACUGUACCUGUGGCAUGGCUGCAAGUCUCAUCCAGGUGCCCGGAAAGUGGGCAAGAGGACCGUGGAGCGACUCACUCAAAUUUGUCCUCGUGAACUGGGUUUGAACAGUAACAGCAGUUUGAAAGUAACUGAAAUAGAGGAAGGAACUGAGCCCAAGGAAUUCUGGGAUGCUCUUGGCAAGCAGGACAGGAAAGCCUAUGACUGCAUGCUGCAAGAUCCAGGGAAGUACAAUUUCACCCCACGUCUUUUCCGUCUGAGUGCCAGCGGUGGGACUUUUCAGGGAGAGGAGCAGUUCGGACCCACCCAAGUGACAGGAACCAUCAUGGCCAUGCCGUUCCUGCAGGAGAACUUGUAUUCAGCCCCUCAGCCUGCUCUGUUCUUGGUGGAUAACAGGAUGGAAGUGUACCUGUGGCAAGGGCAGCAACCAGAAGAUACAGAAUGUACUGGCUCGGCCAAGAUCCGCUGGGACAGUGAGAGGAAGUGUGCCUUGGAAACAACGCUACAGUACUGCCAAGAGAAGAACUCCAGACGGCCUCCUCAGGCCUAUCUGAUCCUGGCUGGCGCAGAACCACUCACCUUUACCAACAUCUUCCCUUAUUGGGAAAAAAACCCAAAUAUUAAAGUACAGGUUGAAGGAGCCCAUAAUAAAGUGAUUCUGGUUAAAGACGCCCUGUCUAAACUCAGCAGGCAGCAGUACACUGUGGAAGAGCUCACUUCCAAACCCCUGCCAGAGGGAGUUGACCCUCUGCACCUUGAGUGCUACCUAUCAGAUGAAGACUUUCAGAGUGUUUUGGAAAUGACACGGGAUGAAUUUAACACCAUGCCAAACUGGAAACAGCUGAAUCUGAAAAAGAGCAAAGGCCUCUUUUAAA